CGAUCAUUGCGCGCCUAUUUUCUGAGGGUCUCCGUCCCCUUCCCUCUUCCAUCGCCAAAGGAGACCCUCAUCCCCGGCCGUCUUAUUCCCUCCUCCGACCACCGCAGCUAGCUAGCUGCACCGUCGGGCUCAAUGUCGGCGGCGCCAGCCAGCUGCAUGCACCGUACACGGUCUCACAUAUAUUACGUCGGCCGCCAAUUCAUCAGAGGAGGAUAGGUACAGUACAUAUAUGUAUGUACGCAUUAAUUUAGAGUAGAGACCAUCACAAGGAUCGGUCACAUCAAGAUGGACAGCGACGAGCAUCGUGCCAUGAGCAAGCUGCGCGUCGACAUCGAUUCGUCGUUGGACAGCAACGACGACAGGGAUCGAGAUGACCUGCGGCAGGAGGUGUCAUGGAGCAGCCACCACCACCCGGCAGUGGCCGCCGGAAACAUCAAGCAGCGACGGCUGCUGUCGAAGCAGCUGUCCAUGAAGGAGACCACCAGGGAGGCCAAGUGGGAGAAACGCCGGCGGCAAAUACUCCGGCGCAGCAGCAUGGUGGCCGUGAACGAAGCUGGAGGUUUGGGGAGGAGUCCCGUCGACGAGCGUGCCCAGCGAUGCCUGACCGAUGAGGACCUCGACGAGUUGAGGGGCUCCUUUGAGCUCGGGUUCGGGUUCGACGAGGAGAAAGGCGGCACCGACCUCUGCGACACCCUCCCGGCACUCGACCUCUACUUCGCCGUCAACCGGCAGCUCUCCGACCCCAAGCUGCGAAGUGCUAGUACUUCGGCGGCCGUGAGCCCCACGGCGGCGCUGUCGUCGUCGUCCACGCUGGUCUCUGACACAUCUAUCCCCCGCAGCCCCGACGGGUCAUCUUCCCCAGCCCCCGCCGACGCAUGGACGAUCUUUUCUCCCGGUGACAACCCUCAGCUGAUGAAGACACGGUUGAGGCACUGGGCUCAGGUGGUGGCUUGCUCCGUCAAGCAUGGCUGCUGAUGAGUCCCCUAGUAAUCGAUCAAUACAUCUUACAUAAUUACCUUUCUCAACCUGUGUGCAUUAUGAUCUGAUCGAGAGAGACGUCACUGGCCGUGUUCUCGUUGUCUGUCUGAAUAUUUCUCGUGUACAGAUCAAGUCUUAGUGCGUGGUAUUAUGGAUUUGAUUGUACACCGAAGCCUUCAUCUGCUGACCUCCGCCAUCUCCCUUGACAUGAUUUGUGGCUUUCUGCUUGCAAUUUCCUCUUCCUGCCAAUUCCACGGCAGCCCAUGGGAGAUAUAAGCGUGCAGGCCAUAUAUCGGUCAAGAAUAAACAGACGGACACCCUCCUAUUGCAUCAAGAGCAUGUCCAAUAGAGUUGUUUUUCUUAGAGAAUCUCUAAGAUAAUACUAAUACUUUACUCCAAAAUAUUGUAGGUCUAUCAAAAAAUAUUGAACAUAAAAAUUACACGCUCCUCCAAA